AUGGAUGUGCAAUUGGGCAGGUCCUCCUGGGCGUCUACCCGGGCACUAGAAGCGCACGUACUAGAAGCGCAGACUCUGGGCAAUCCGCGGGACGAACCCCCAGGAGAUCUGGAGGGAUAUCUACUCAUCGAUUCGUGGCGUGAAGAAAACGCCGAGAGAAACAAACACAAUGACUUAAGAUGCCGGGUGCUCAAAAGAGCUGCACUCAAAUUUGGUGAAGGUUCUUCGGAUGAUAAACUGGAAUGGAUUGAAAAGGAAUAUUUGCGGAGAAGAACACGUCGCAUUAACCGACAGAAAAAGGACGAAGUCAAAGCCGAAAGUCCACCGCCAUCCGACGAAUCUUCGUCUCACCAUCCGGUUCUCGUCAAAAGAAUCACUGAAACUUUUAAUUUAGUAACGGAGUGCGGCCAUGAUGAGGAUCCAAGAGGCGUAUUCAUGGCAAUUUCAUCUACAGUUGCCGUUGUUGCCUCAGCAUGUGCCGAAGAGCUAAAUAUCACGGAUUCGCUGGCAAUCUUUGAUCUGAUCUCCCUGACUUUAAGCUCUAUUUUUGACCAAGCCAUGAGAUCUGGAGCGUCUAGAAAGUUUUUAUUUCUUACAAAGCGCGAGGACAAUCAGUUAACACCAACAGGUGCACCUGAAAUGACGCAAGAAGAACUAUUUCAGAAGGUUUCCAAUUUGAAAAACUUCAACUCCUCUUCUGUUUCGACCCUUGAUGCCUUGCGUGAGUCACAAAAGCGUUUAGGUAUUGAUUUCCUGUGUUCACUUGACAAGAGACGUAAAACAAGCAAUGAAACUGAUAUGAAAGACACCGGAGGCCAAAUUUCCGAAAGCGAAAGAGACCUUUUUACCUCAUCUUCCUCGGUCAACUCAUGGAGCACCACUAGCGGUUUGAAGAUGCCACUGUACAAAACGCCCGGAAAUGUCACCGACCUGGAGCUAUUCAAAGUGGAUAACUCAAGAAGAGAAUACGUCGAGCCCAUUCCAAAAAUUACCUCGCCGUUUAUUUCAAACAAGGUUGGUGUUGAAGCGUCCAGCCAUCAAUCAAGCAGUCUCAAGAAGGGCGGUGGCCUCCAAAGGCCUGGGUUUUCUAAACCCGCCAAUAGGCCAAACAACAUUGGGUUUCCUACUCUCUACUCGACGUCCUUUAGACUGAAUUAA